GGCAGAGUUGAAAUUUAACCACUCAGUUCAUAGGUUUUAAUGAGUUCCUCAAAAAGACAGACAUACACCCAACUCCGAGGUGGCCCUGACCAAAACAACGGCAGACAGUGGGUCACCACCCUACCAUGCUCAGAGCCACAAUGCUCAGGAGAGGCUCCCACAAGCCCUUAGCCAUCCUCAGGCACAUGGGACCUCUCUGUGCCACAAGGCCACAGUACUGGCGCUUCCAACAUUCCUGCGCAGAGAAACACAGCAACUGUGCCCGGCACCCCCUCUGGACUGGCCCAGUGUCCUCACUGGGAGGCACCCGGCAGUCUCCCAUUAACAUCCAGUGGAAGGACAGUGUCUAUGACCCGCAGCUGGCACCGCUCAGGGUCUCCUAUGAUGCUACAUCCUGCAGAUACCUCUGGAACACUGGUUACUUCUUCCAGGUGGAGUUUGACGAUUCCUGUGAGGAGUCAGGGAUCAGCGGUGGGCCUCUGGGAAACCACUACAGGCUGAAGCAGUUUCAUUUCCACUGGGGAGCAACAAAUGAACGGGGCUCUGAGCAUGUGGUGGACGGCCAUGCAUACCCGGCUGAGCUCCAUUUGGUUCACUGGAAUUCCACGAAAUAUGAAAAUUACAAGACAGCCUCCGAGGGGGAGAACGGGCUGGCGGUGAUCGGCGUGUUUCUGAAGCUCGGGGCCCAUCACGAGGCCCUGCAGAGGCUGGUGGACGUCUUGCCGGAAAUAAGACACAAGAACACACAGGUGGCCAUGGGACCCUUUGACCCUUCUUGUCUGCUGCCUGCCUGCCAGGAUUACUGGACCUACCCUGGCUCCCUCACCACCCCACCACUGGCUGAGUCAGUCACCUGGAUCGUGCAGAAGACACCCAUUGAGGUGUCCUCGAGCCAGCUGUCCGAAUUCCGCACACUCUUGUUCUCUGGGCGAGGGGAAGACGAGGAGGUGAUGGUGAACAACUACCGCCCGCCCCAGCCCCUCAGGGACCGCAAAGUCCGUUCGUCAUUCCGAGUCGAUAGGACGUGAAUGAGGUCUUAAUCUCAGGAUGAAGUCUGUAAAGAUAGGGAAAGGGGGGCGCGUGUUUCCGAGGGUGUCAUAUGGCAUGGCGCCUGGAUUAAAAGAGAAGGCGAAACCAUUGCUCCAGUCAACCUGCUUUGCUGUUGUUGCAAGUAAGAGAUACAUUUUAAAGAAAACCUGCUUUGCUGUUGUUGCAACUAAGAGAUACAUUUUAAAGAAACCCAAGCAGAGCUGGAGGGACAGUUCAGCCCACUGAGUGCUUGCCUCAUGCCCCAAGGACCUCAGUUCAGAUCCCCUGCAUCCAUACAAAAAGCCAACGACAACAGAGUGAGCAUCUAAGCCUCAACAUGGAAAAUGGAGACAGGUGGAUCCCUGGAAGCUUGCAGGCCAGCCGGCUGGGACUGUGUCGCAAAAGUCAAAACCGGUGAGAGGUAAAAUGUGGGAGGUGUCUGAGGACUGACAUGAGACAUUGCCCUCUGACAUCUACAUGCAAAGAAUGUACACACUUGCAUCUAUACAUACACAUGCACCAAAACGCCCAAAUCUCUCUCUCUCCCUCUCCCUCUCUCUCUCUCUCUCUCUCUCUCUCUCUCUCUCUCUCUCACACACACACAGAGAGAGAGAGAGAGAGACAGAGACAGAGACAGAGACAGAGACAGAGAGCCAGAGACAAAGAAACUUAAGUUUAUAGAGUAGAACUCUGAGCAGAAGACCCAGAAGGCCACAAGGUGGCCUUCAAGACUGAGCAAACUGUAGGAUGUGGUGGCUCAUGGUUUUAAUCCCGGUACUGGGGAGGCAGAAUGGGUGGAUCUCUGUGAGUUCAAGGCCAGCCUGGUUUACAUAGUGAGUUCCACGUCAGCCAGGGCUACGUAGUAAGACCCUGUCUCAACAAAAUAAAAACAAAAAUCCAAAAACAAAAACUGAACAAAUUAAAAAAAGACUCCCCGGACAGAUUGUUUUGUCUACCUCUCAGCUCCUGUUCUUUCCUCUCUGCAUGUGGAAGUCAUCUGUGGCGUAUUGCUAGGGCCACCUGGAGUCCUCAGCAACAUAGAGGGUGGGACCAAUAUCCUUUUCUUCAGUGUCAAACCUGGGACGCCUGUAACACAGCAUGAAGGGCUGGGUGGCUUAGAGAGCCAGACGGAGUCCAUUCUUAGAUUUAGGGGAGAGAAUCGCUGGCUGUCUUGGAACUCAGCGUCAUCAAGGUUUGCUCUCCCCACUGCUGGCUUUACGGCCACAAAUCGUCAUUCUUUCCCCUCACUCCGUAUUUCCACAGUCACCUUCCCCUCCUGUGGUCUGGCCCGACUGCCUCAGAAAGACCCCUCAUGGUUACCUGGUGUCCAUGCACAGCCCAGGAUCACACACAGCUCCAUAACCAUGUCCUUAAUCCCACUGCAGAGUCCCCGAGGUCAGGUCACACAUCCACGGGGCCAAAGAUUUAGAUGUGGGUGUCUCUGAGGAGCACCACCACAGGCCCUGCAUCCCUUGAUCUCCAGGAAGAGAUGCAGUAUGACGUGAGAGGCCUUGACAGGUGAGACAUGCUGGGCGGUGGUGGCGCACGCCUUUAAUCCCAGCACUUGGGAGGCAGGAGCAGGUGGAUUUCUGAGUUUGAGGCCAGCCCGGUCUACAGAGUGAGUUCCAGGACAGCCAGGGCUACACAGAGAACCAAAAAAAAAAAAAAAAAAAGGUGAGACAUGCACCCCCACACCACACUGCUGCCAGACACCCCUCUGUUGGGCGCCUUUUCUCUGGAAAAAACAGCUGGUAUGCUCAACUCUCAGGGCCUCAACUACCUUCCUGGACGCCUCACCUGCUUGUGAUGCUAUGGAGAGAGAAGUGCCCUAAGCGGGGUGUAUAGCCUCAGUCCACCACACUAGCCACUAGUGUGGCUGGGGCCUCGGUGGUGACCCCUCUACAAACAUCACCCCCAUGGUACCGUCAUCUCCAACUGCCUCACCCAGCUCCAUCAGGCUGGGUCUCUAGCUUCUUACCUUUUCCUGGGAUACUCCACCCUCAGAUGCCCACGUAGGUCGCCCCUGCCUCGGUCUCUCUGACAAUGGCCCAUUACAGAACAAUCACCCUCCGUCACACUCUGCUCCUUAUCCCUAUUGUGUUUUCUUCUGAGCUCUCUCUCAGCCCAGUGUAUCCAAUGUGUUCUGUGAUCCUUUGGCUUCUGUUAUCCUUUAUGAUCAGCCCCCUGGGAUUCAGACUCCAAUGGAACGAAGACAGUCAGUCCCAAGGGGGGGGGGGGCUGUGUCUCUAGAGUCUAGGAGAUGGCUCAGCACAUGGCAAGGGUCCUCAAUGUUUAUUUCAUGGAGGAAUCGGAGCUGUCUCCUGCGAAUGCACCUGCUCUGACCAGCGCACAGGUGAACCAGCACACAGCAUCCAGCUUCAGAAAGCCAAGGACUACCUGGGGCUGGGGCUCCAUCACCUCCAUUCCAGAUGCCACCUCAGCCUUUUGAGGAUUUUUUUUUUUAACUGCUUGCUCGCUUGGAAGAAGGAAAAAAUGCCAUUCAUGUGGUAGUGAUUGCUUUUAAGGCGUUACAACUUUCCCUCAGGUGGAAACUCGGUUCAACUGCCUUGUCGCAUUAUCUUCAGACAUCGCUUCCUGCCAGGUAUGCAAUGAAAAACACAACACGGAAAAAUAAGCAAGCCCCGGUCUGUCUCCCAAGGCACACUGUGUUUUGCUGGAGGGGAAAAUAAAAAAUAAAUAUGUACUCUGGUCCACAAAUAG